AUGUCCUUCUCGUUCGGCACCCCUGCGUCGAGCGCGGCUGCUGGCCAGUCCACGACAACGACUGCCCCAGCUACCGGCGGGCUGUUUGGCAGCGCAGGUGGCUCAACCGCAUCUCCGUUCGCAUUUGGGAAAUCCGCAGGCAGUGGAACAAACACACCUCAGACUGGAGGCGGAAUGUUUGGAGGAGCAGCACCAACCACCGGUCAGACCGGAGGUCUGUUUGGUAGCGCAGGCACCACAACCACGCCCUCGACGGGCACAUCGCUUUUCGGUCAAAGUUCAGGCGCUCAGUCCGGAGGAGCGUUAUUUGGAGGUGCCAAGCCGGCAGGGUCGCUGUUUAGUAGCACCUCCACGCCUGCGUCUGGGACGGCAACUCCCACGGAUACACCCAAACUAUUCGGCACGAAAACCGCUGAGACGACUGCUGCCCCAGCUACGGGUACGCAGGCAGCUCCCUCAACUGGCCUCUUUGGGUCAACGACCACUUCGGCUCCAUCUGCGGCAGGCGGCACUUCGCUAUUUGGUGCCAUGGGCGGCUCCGGGCUCGGCGCGACCUCCUCUGCCGCCAGCACAACCGGCGCCCAGGCGACCCCAGCGAAGCCUUUAUUCGGAGGGCUUGGCUCUACCACGCCGGCUGGCGCGCCGCCGGCCGAUACCUCCAAACCCGCGGGAUCCCUGUUUGGCGGUGGCUUAGAAGCGAAGCCUGCUGCUUCCGCGUCUGGUACAGGCAGUCUGUUUGGCCAAACCACAACCCCUGCUCCUACUACUACACAGCCGGCAUCCGGAAAUGGUGCAACUUCUGGAGGAGGAGGUCUCUUUGGGCCCAAGCCCAGCCAGACACCUGCCGCAGGAGCCACGCCAUCGCUGUUCGGAGGCGCUGCGGCCGCUACAUCCGGCGCCAGUACUCCUGCCACGGCUGCACCGGCUACGGGGGCAAAGCCUCUUUUUGGGAUUGCCGCCGGCGCAACACCUACUACCACGGCUGCCCCCGCUGACUCCACCCCUGUGGCCACCAAGCCGCUGUUCCCGGCCGCAAUAACAACCACAGCGCCGGCAACUUCGUCCACGACGACAACUUCUUUGUUUGGAGGCGCCACUCCCGCCAGCACGGCGCCAGCCACCUCGGCGACAGCGGGCUCCAGCCUGUUCGGCGGGAAGCCGGCGACGACCACAGGCACCAGCAGCUCGGCCACUUCCGCGGCCACCGGCUCGUUGUUCGCCAAGCCAGCUUCUACUACUGCACCAGCUACUACCACGACAACAACAACUGCUCCCGUUACCACUGCACCUGCGUCGACAGGUUUGCUGGGCGGCGCCAAGCCGGCGGGCACCACAGCAGCGGCCCCUGUGCAGGAUGGCAAGACCAGCACUGCCCCCGGCCUCUCAGCUUCUACCAUGGGGCCCCCGUCUCAGCUGCCCCGGCUGAAGAACAAAACAAUGGACGAGAUUAUCACGCGGUGGGCGACCGACCUGUCCAAAUACCAGAAGGAAUUCAAGGACCAAGCGGCCAAGAUAGCCGAGUGGGACCGCAUGCUGGUUGAGAACGGCGAGAAGAUCCAGAAACUGUACACGAGCACAUACGAGGCCGAGCGUGCCAACGCCGAGAUCGACCGCCAGCUCAGCAACGUGGAGAGCCAGCAGGAGGAGCUCGGGGCGUGGCUGGAUCGCUACGAGGAGGAUUUGAACGAGCUCUUUGCCAAGAAUGCCGGAGGUGCCGCCGGUGAGCAGGCCGGCGGCCCUGAUCAGGAGCGUGAGCGCACGUACAAGCUUGCCGAGAAGCUGUCAGACAGGCUGGAUGAAAUGGGCAAGGAUUUGACCAAGAUGAUCAAGGAGAUUAACGACAUGUCAAGCACGCUCAGCAAGGGCAGCAAGCCUGACGAUCCGUUGACUCAGAUUGUCCGCGUCCUGAACGGGCAUCUGGCGCAGCUGCAGUGGAUCGACAGCAGCGCUGCGGCUCUCCAGGCCAAGGUUGCGGCGGCCCAGAAGGCGAGCGGCAACAUGGGUGCCAGUGUGGCCAGCACCGAGACGGAUGCGGCCGAGAGCUUUUACCGAUCGUACCGGGCCGGGUACAGAUAG